AUGCGCACCACUUCGUGGUGGCUAGAUAUAAAAUCCUUACUAUCUAACCCAGCCUUUAUGUGUAUUAGCUGUGGAUAUACAUGUGUCUGUUUUGUUUUGGGUUCACUUUCUUGGUUUGCGAUUGAUCUAAUCCAGUCAGCUUUAAAUGCAAUAAACGACGAUCCUUCUGCCUGGAGGAAUUACAAUAUUCCUAUUGUUGUUGGAGCCUCAACAUGUCUUGCCGGUAUUUUCGGCGUCUUAUCUGGUGCAAAACUAGGUCGUUAUUUACGUCGAUGGGUUCCUGCGGCAGAUGCUUAUGUUUGUUCUGCAAGUCUCUUUAUAUGUGCUCCAUUCUUAUUCUUUGCUCUGGUGUCUCCAUCCUGGAAUUUCUACGUAUGCAUUGCUCUUGUUUUCAUCGUCGAAUUUCUUCUAUGCAUCACAUGGGCACUUGUGACUGAUAUGACUAUGGGGGUAGUUAUUCCUACUCGCCGUUCGACAGCAUCUGCGCUUCAAAUGGUUAUGAGUCAUGCACUAGGGGAUGCCAUCAGUCCGGCUAUCGUUGGUCGGAUUGCAGUAGCUCUUACAGAUCUGCAUUCAUUAGAAACACAAUAUUUAGGCUUACAAAGAGCAUUAUUUCUUACUGCGUUUGUUUGUGCUCUGGGAGGUUUUUUAUUUCUUAUAGUUACUUUAUAUUUGGUUAAAGCUAAGAAUGAUGUUCAUAGAGCUAUUCAAGCUUCUCAACAUGACAUGGUUGCUGUAAUAAGCGGACACGAAAUUGAAGUUCCUGCAACCCCAUCACCUACUCAUAAUGAAGUUUUCACUUGAUCAAAUAUAUUCAUCAGUAAUUGUUUAUAUAUAUAUACUUAUAUAUCUAUUCAACUUUAUGCUGCUCAUAUUAUCUCUUAAUAUUAAAUUGUUUUAUUUCUGUUUCUAUCGUUUUGUAUUAUAAAAGUAAACCAAUAGCAAAUAGAGAGAAUUUUGAUACAUUGAAAGGUCAGCAUUUGUUUUUCUUGUAGUUACAUUUGUUACUCUGACAGGUUGUCUAUCUAUCUAUCUAUGUCAUCAAGGCAAUAGAUUUUGUGUCUUGUUGAACUAAUAUUCUUAUUGUUAGAUUUGUGAAUUACUUGUUCUCUUUUUCUAAGUACCAUUAUUACUUUUUAUUCUCUUUACUAUCAAUACAGAAAUCGUUCUGUUCUUUGUAUAUUCAAUUUAAUUAUACUUAAAUGAUUAAAUCAUCAUUGUCUUUGUAAUAGGGGUAAUUUCAACAAUAUUUGAAGAUAAAACAUCAGUCAAUCAUUAUUGUGUAAAAUAUUCGGUUUUAAUGGGGAUCUCUUCUCUGUAUAUGUUUUCUUUUCACUUAUAUUUCAAAAAAGAAGUUUAAUAUAUGAACUAUUGGGUUUAUCAGAUUAUAA